AUGUCUGACGUUCAGAAGUCCGUUGAGGAGACCCCCGCGGUUGUUCCUGUCACUGAGAUUGCCGCUGAGGCUCCCGCUACCGCGAUUCCUGUUGCGGAGGUUCCCCAGGAGACUGUUGAGCAGGCCACCGAGGAGACCACUGACAAGCCCGCCGAGUCUGCUGAGCCCGUCAAGGAGGAGGUUAAGGAGGAGAUCAAGCCCGCCAGCGAGGGUACCCUCGGCUACAAGGGUCCCGGUCUCGUCAAGGGUUUCCGCUUCGCCAAGCGCUUCUUCUACUUCAACGACGAGCCUGUCGAGGCCAAGCAGCUCUCCGUCUUCCGCCAGAACGAGAAGGCUGCCGUCGCCAACCCCACCGCUGCCUGGGCCAGCCAGACCGGCAAGGGUCUCCUGUUCUUCACCAAGCGCGCUGAGGACAAGGCCACCCCCGCUGGCAUCUUCAACCUGUCUGAGGUCUCCGAUGUGACCAAGGAGGGCUCCAACGAGUUCCUGUUCAAGGUCGCCGGCCAGAAGCACACCUUCCAGGCUUCCAGCGCCGCCGAGCGUGACAGCUGGGUCGCCGCUCUCGAGGCCAAGUCCACUGAGGCCAAGGCUGAGAAGGAGACUAUCGUCUCCAGUGAGGGCUACAAGGCCGAGCUCGAGAAGCUGACCAAACCCACCGCCGCUGUUGCCGUCGCCGCCGCCGCCGCCAAGAAGACCGACACCGAGGAGGACAAGGCUGAGGAAGUUAAGCCGGAGGAGACCAAGGAGGAGAAGAAGGAGGAGAAGAAGGAGGAGAAGGCCGCUGCGAAGAGCCGCUCCCAGUCCCGCAAGCGCACCAGCAUCUUCGGCACCCUUCUGGGCAAGAAGGAGGCUGAGGAGAAGAAGCCCGAGGAGACCAAGCAGGAGACUGCUGAGGAAGCCAAGGCCGCCGAGCCCACCACCGAGACCUCUGCUGAGGCUGCUGCUGCUGCUCCCGCUGUCGAGGAGCCCACCGAGGCUGCCGCUGUUGUCCCUGUUGUCCCUGCUGAGACCACCGAGGAGGCCAAGGAGGAGGCCAAGGAAGAGCUCAAGGAGGAGAAGAAGGAGGAGAAGAAGGCCAAGCGCGCCUCCAUCUUCGGAAACUUCUUCCAGAAGGUUACCAGCCCCGCCCAUGAGAAGUCUGAGAAGGAGGCCACCGCUCCCGCUGAGGAGACCGUCUCCAGCUCUGCUCCCCAGCUCGAGAACCCCGUCGAGGAGGCCGCUGUUGAGCCCAUUGAGCCCGAGACCGUGAUCGCCCCCGCCGAUGCUGUGGUCGCUAAGGACGCCGAGACCCCUGCCACCGAGGCUGUCACCACCCCCAAGGACAAGCGCCGCACUUCGUUCUUCGGUUCCUUCGGCAAGAAGGAGAAGAAGACCGAGUCCUCCGACACCGAGGUCACCGACGGUGAGGGCAAGGAGGCCAAGGCCAAGUCCAACAAGCUCGGCGGUCUCUUCCGCAAGAACAGCAAGGCCGUGAAGCUCGACAAGGAGGAGGUCGCUGCUGCCGAGACCGAGGCCAAGGCCGACCAGGCUGAGGAGACCAAGGCUGAGGAGCCUGUCGCGACCCAGGCCACCACUCAGGAGACUCCCGCCGUCGAGGAGGCCGCCAAGCCCAUCGAGACUGCCACCGAGGAGGCCAAGAACGUCGACGUCUCUGCCGCCACCCCCGUUCAGGCUGCUGCUUGA